AUGAGGGCUUUAAUAAAUAAUUCACGAAGAGGUGGAAGAGAACAAUUAGCGGAAGCGAUAGAGGAAACAGAUAAAUUGCCAUUCACCUAUGAGACCAUGCAUGCGAACAUCCCGGAGAAAUGCGUGUUACCAACGCUUGCAAGCAUAUUCAGUGGAUCGGAAAGUGCAGUGCAACACUUGAAGCAAUAUACCCUAUCACUGAUGCAAUGGGGACGAAAUGAUGCAGUACUUUGCCGAUAUUUCCCUGCGAGCUUAGCAAGGGAAGCAUUAGCCUGGUUUGAUGGACUCCCGGAAAGGUCGAUAUCAUCUUUCAAAGAUUUGCAGAAGAUAUUCUUAACGACAUAUAUAAGCAACAACUUGUUGGGGCCAUGGAUAGAUACACUGUUCAACCUGAGGAGAAGGCCAACUGAAAGUUUGCGGGGGUUGGUCACGAGAAGGAGAACAGUAUGCAGCAAGCUAGCAGGGAGAGUUGAUGAACGAAACUUCAUCUUAGCCUUCGUAAACGCUUUGAUCCCAACGAACCUUCUAUACACACAGAUAUUCAUUAUCCAGAACUCGAUAACGAUGAACAAGCUGAGGGAAUACCAGGAGGAAUAUGUAGCGUUGGAAGAAAAGCAUAGGCAAGUCAGCGAAGUGACGCUGGCCCCGGAAAAAAAGGGAAUUCUAGGCUGUUACCAAGAACGGUGCACGCAACAAAGGAUGAACCCAUACAAGGGAAAGGAGAUCCUACAGUUUCAGUCCCAGCAAAGCUCGUAG